GAUCCUUCCCUAAAUGCAGGCAGGUGAGGCUGGGAAGUGAAGAGCAGCAUGGACUCGGAUGUGCUGAACAUGUUUGUCAUUGCCGGCGGCACCCUGGCCAUCCCCAUCCUGGCUUUCGUAGCCUCCUUCCUCCUCUGGCCCUCAGCGCUCAUCCGCAUCUACUACUGGUACUGGCGCCGAGCCUUGGGCAUGCAGGUUAGAUAUGCAAACUACGACGACUAUCAGUUUUGUUAUUCCUAUAGAGGGAGACCUGGAUACCGACCAUCCAUCCUGAUGCUACAUGGGUUCUCAGCCCACAAAGACAUGUGGCUGUCUAUAGUCAAGUUCCUGCCAAAGAACCUGCACUUGGUGUGUGUUGACAUGCCUGGGCACGAGGGCACAACCCGCUCGGCCUUGGACGAUUACUCCAUUAGCGGGCAAGCUAAAAGAAUACACCAGUUCGUGGAGUGCAUCAAGCUGAACAGAAGGCCCUUUCAUCUGGUUGGCACUUCCAUGGGGGGAAAUGUUGCCGGCGUCUAUGCUGCUCAGUACCCAGAAGACAUUUGCAGCCUGACCCUCAUCUGUCCUGCAGGCCUGCCGAGUACCAUUGACAGCAAGUUCAUUAAGCAGCUCCGGGAGCUGCAAGAGUCCGAACACAUCAGCAGAAUCCCUUUAAUUCCCUCAACUCCCGAGGAGAUGGCGGAUAUGCUGAAGCUUUGCUCCUACGUUCGCUUCAAGGUGCCACAGCAG